AUGGGCAGCGUUGUGGCGACGGAGACCGAGCUGAAGGGAAUGGAAGAGCUUGGAGAACGGCUGAAGAGGGUCUCACCCUGGAGCGAUCUCAUCCAUCGCACCCACCAGCGGCUGAUCCUGCGCAAUGAGCUGGCGGAGCUCUGCUGCACGGAUCUCACAGAGGAGGAGACCUUGCAGGUCUUGACCAAUUCGGAGGCAAAGCUCUUGGAGCUCAGCGAGUUGCCUGAAAGCUUUCACGAGCUGUGCCCAAAGGUGGCAGCGCCUGAAAGCGCCCAAGUGCCCAUCAGCUGGGCCAAGGAGCUCCUAGAGAAGCAGCCAGGCUUGAAAGAGACACGCUUUCAUGCGGUGCCAAAGCGGCUCAAGGAGGAAGACUUCUGGGACCGCUACUUUGCUGCGGUCUUUCAAAUUCUUGAAAGAGAACUGCUUGAGCUAAGAUCUCAGGAUGCAAAAAGUUCCGUGCACCUUCAGCCAGGGGGGCAUUUUCUCAUGGCGGCGGGUCGCUUCUCACAGUUGGCGGGGGAGCUGCCGAGAUCUUUGCCGAGGUCGCCUUUGCUGCCCUGGGAGGCAGUAAAGGCUAUCGGAGGUCUAGGGCGACAGCAACGCUGGGCGGAGGCCCUGGCUGUGUUCUGGCCCUUGGUUAGACAAGAACGCGCCAAUCUCAUCGUGUGGAAUAGCGUGAUCAGCGCCUGUGCCGGAAGAGCUUGGGAAUGGUCAGUGCUGUUGCUCUCGCUGCUGGAAGUGGAUGCUGAGAAUGAGGCAGAUGCGAUCAGCUACAACACCGUGCUCACCGCUUUGAUGCGCUCGUCAGAGAUCUCCGCAGCUGUGCGGUUGUUGCACGAGAUGCCAAUGAGGCAGAUCCUGCCGGACACCUGUUCCUUCAACACGGUCAUGGGCAGCUUGGCCAAAGAGCCGAAACAUUGCAAAGUUGUCCUCUCCAUGCUGGAGGAGUGUGGCAAGGGACCAGGGCAGGAUGCACAAAGCUUUAACAUUGCGAUUGCGGCUUGCUCUCGGGCAAGCCAAUGGCAGAAGGCCAUUGACCUCCUAGAGGUGAUGGCAUCAUCCCGGCACCAACCGGACGAAUACAGCUACACCUCCGCUAUCUCUGGGUGCAAGAACUUGCCAGCGCAG